AUGGAGAGUGAGGAGGGCGCCACAGUGUGUGAGUGUGACCACGCCCACCAAGAAGAAGCAGCGGCGGCGGCGGCCAUGAAGGAAGCAGGAGGAGGGGGAAAGAGGAGGAGGAAGCAGCAGAGGAAGGGAGGGGACGGCGGCGGAGGGAGGAAGAAGUACGCGCUGGUGAGCUACCACGAGCUGCCGGAGUACAUGAAGGAGAACGAGUUCAUCCUCAACUACUACCGCUCCGAGUGGCCCAUCCUCAAUGCCGUGCUCAGCCUCUUCUCCUGGCACAACGAGACCAUCAACAUCUGGACGCACCUUCUUGGGUUCAUGCUGUUCUUUGGCCUCACCCUGGUGCAUCUCGGCCAGUACUUCCCCCAGGUGGCUGAUCUGAUUGGGCACCUCUCCUGGCCAAUCUCAAAGGUUGCUGAAAAUGUCUCCAGCAAUAUUGGAGAUGUCCUAUCAGGCGCGGCCAUGUUCAUCCAGACGAACCCGACGCUGGUCUCCUACGGCGUGGCGGUGACGUCCCAGACGACGCGGUGGCCCUUCUUCGUGUUCCUGGCGGGCGCCAUGUUCUGCCUGCUGAGCAGCAGCGCGUGCCACCUGCUGUCUUGCCACUCGCACCGUCUGAACCUGUUCCUGAUCCGCCUCGACUACACGGGCAUCGCGGUGAUGAUCGUGGUGUCCUUCUUCCCGCCCAUCUACUACAUCUUCCAGUGCGAGCCGCACUGGCAGGUGGUGUACCUGUCGGCGAUCACGGCGGCGGGCAUGGGCACGGUGUAUGCGCUCAUGUCCCCGCGCCUCAGCGCGGCGCGGUACCGCGCCCACCGCGCGCUGCUGUUCGUCGGGAUGGGCCUGUCGGGCGUGGUGCCCGCCGUGCACGCGGUCGCCGUGAACUGGCACGAGCCCUGCCGGAACGUGACGCUGGCCUACGAGGGCGCCAUGGCCGCGUCGUACCUCGUCGGCACCGCGUUCUACCUCACCCGGGUGCCCGAGCGGUGGAGGCCCGGCGCGUUCGACCUCGCCGGGCAUAGUCACCAGAUCUUCCACGCGCUCGUCAUCGCCGGCGCGCUCGCGCACUACGGCGCCGCCAUCGUGUUCCUCAAGGCCCGCGACGAGAUGGGGUGCCCAGCCAGUUAG